GGGCGGCGAAGGAUAGCAGCUUUGCUGCAGCAAUAUUUUGACAGCAAUGACAGUCAUUUGGCACAGCAAAAAUACGCCAUCGCGGUCGCUGUGGUAAGAAAGACUCGAUCCUUAUUUCCGUGAAGUUCCUUUGUUCGUCGUCUAGUAUUUUACGUCGUAAAUCAGCAUGGAUAUCGACGAGGAAGAGUUCGAGGCACCGACAUCCAGCAGUAGCCGUGGUGAGCGGAAGCGUUUCGAGGUCAAGAAGUGGAAUGCGGUAGCGCUGUGGGCUUGGGACAUUGUGGUGGACAAUUGUGCGAUCUGCCGGAAUCACAUUAUGGAUCUCUGCAUCGAGUGCCAGGCGAAUCAGGCAUCGGCCACCAGCGAGGAAUGCACAGUUGCGUGGGGUGUCUGUAAUCAUGCGUUUCAUUUCCACUGUAUCUCCCGGUGGCUAAAGACCCGGCAGGUAUGCCCGCUGGACAACAGAGAGUGGGAGUUCCAGAAGUACGGCCAUUAGGACCAUCACACAGAUUGGCACUGCGUUAAACGGCUUGCAGAUACGGAAAAAGAGAAAUAUUGACAACAGGCGGAAGUGAUCUUGUACGAUGCGCAAGGAAGGAAAUGCGCUGCAGGAAAUGAAAAGCUGCAAGGUUCGGAGGAUCUGAGAGACCUAAUCUAAGGCCCGAAGUAUCUAAUGACGGCGAUUCGUGUAAGCACCCUACAAUAAAUUGAACAGUUUUACCCGGAACAGCUAAAGCUAAAGCUAAA